AUGGUCACCACGAUUCCGAAGGAGGCCAAGCUCAGGCAGGUGCACCGGGAGACGUGGAUGAGCGUCCCUGGCAUCUGCGCCUUGACGAUCGGCGUCUUCAACGAGCCCCCCGGUUGCAGCGCCUUUGUGGCCUUCUUCGCCGGGCGUGACGGCAAGACGGACGCGCACCUUGCGAAGGAGCUCUCCGUGCACAAGGAUAUAGUCAUCUUGGAUACCUUGGAUCAGUGGGACUUCUCGCCCGUUCCCCAGAUGCGGCCGCCCUCCAUCACCGUCACGGUCCGUGGAAAAAAGAAGAAGAUUCGGAGGCCGCCUUCGGAUCGGAAGGGCUUCCGGGCAGGGGGGAAGUGGAUUCCCUCCGAGCCUCUACACAUGGAGACGCCAACCUUCCCUGAGGAGGUGAAGAACAAGUCGCUGUCGGCGUUCCAGUUUGCUUUCCAUCGGUUCCCUUGGAUCACACACUACGCCAAGAACGACAUGGACAACUUCCCCUACGUCGCCGAGGUCCUCGAGGACCUGGAGGACCUGCCGCACUCGCCCAACGGCAACACGUCGCGGGGCACGAUGCCGACCUCGAACCCGACGCCGUGGGAGGAGGGGCAUGGCGUCUACUAUGGGCGGGUACUUCAUGCAGGGGCAGUUCUACCUCCUCUCCCGCCCCGUGCUGCACUGCAUCUUCCACCGCACUGGGGUGCGCGCCUGCCGGGACAUGAUGCCCGGGGAGGACACGAUGAUGGGCUGCCUGGUGACGAACACCUACGACGUCUCCCGUUCCCUGCAGGCCGGCCUCCCGUGGGCGCGCCCGGGCCCGUGUCCCGAGCCCUGGCGCGUGGCCGUGGAGGAGCACGGGACGUGCCCCUGCGACCGGGCGAGCACGGGGCGGGCGUGGCCCCGCGCCCUGGGCUGGAGCCGCUGCCCCUGCAGGGGCGCGAAGAGCACGGCCAGGUGGUGCCCCUGCAAGCCGAGGGAGUGCCCGAUCGGAUCGGGCUCGCUGGAGGCGUGGAGCAGGAUGGUGAGGAUUUGGUGAACGAGGAUCAGAAGAGCAAGCUGAUCUCGGCGCGCUCGAACUGGGAGCACAAGGGCGUGGCCUCGCCCGCCGGCUGGAAGGCCAAGGCGUUCGAGGACGCCAUAGACAAGUUUUAUUCGCGAUACGCCGGGCAGUCGUGGAAGAACGUCAUCAGCAUCGGGGACGCCCCGCACGAGCGGGAGGCGCUCCACCGCGUGGUGCGGUGGUCCCCCUUCCCGAAGUCCAGCAAGUGCAGGUCAAAAUCGGUGAAGUUCGUGCUGCGGCCGUCCAUAGAGAACCUUGCGAAGGAGCAGCAGAUGCUCCUCGACAGCAUAGAGGAGAUAGUCAAAUUCGACGAUGACUUGGACCUCCAUUUCUCGGCCGAGUCGCUGGCGGACUUCCAGGCGCCUGCCGCGGCUGCCAGCUGA